AUGAACUUCUACAGAGAUCUCCCCAGAUACUUCAUCGUCUGUGGCACCUACCACGAACCAGACUACCAGGUGUACCUGAAUGCUUCGAAGGUCCCCGAGUUUUCCGACGACCUCACAGAGCUGGAGUGCCGGAUAGUGGACAUGAAGAGCUCGGAGGCCAGCGUCCGCUUCACCGUGUCCUGGUACUACAGGGUGAACCGGCGCAGCGACGACGUGGUGGCCAGCGAGCUUCUUGCGGUCAUGAGCGGGGACUGGACGCUCAAGUAUGGAGACCGGAGCAAGCAGCGCGCCCAGGACGGAGACUUUAUUUUUUCUAAAGAGCACACGGACACGUUCAGUUUCCGAAUCCAAAGGACUACAGAGGAAGACCGAGGCAAUUAUUACUGUGUUGUGUCUGCGUGGACCAGACAGCGUAACGACAGCUGGGUGAAGAGCAAGGAUGUCUUCUCCAAACCCGUCACCAUAUUUUGGGCAUCCGAAGAUUCUGUGCUCGUGGUGAAGGCAAGGCAGCCGAAGCCUUUCUUUGCUGCAGGAAAUACAUUUGAAAUGACUUGCAAAGUGUCUUCCAAGAAUAUUAAGUCACCACGCUACUCUGUUCUCAUCACUGCUGAGAAGCCUGUGGGGGACCUUUCCAGUCCCAAUGAAACCAAGUACAUCAUCUCCCUGGACCAGGAUUCUGUGGUGAAGCUGGAGAAUUGGACAGAUGCGUCGCGGGUGGAUGGCGUUGUAUUGGAGAAAGUGCAGGAAGAUGAAUUUCGCUACCGGAUGUACCAGACUCAGGUCUCGGAUGCGGGGCUGUACCGUUGCAUGGUGACAGCCUGGUCUCCUGUCAGGGGCAGCCUGUGGCGAGAAGCAGCCACCAGUCUCUCCAAUCCUAUUGAGAUUGACUUCCAAACUGCAGGGCCUCUAUUUAACGCCUCCGUGCAUUCGGAUACACCAUCGGUCACCCGGGGAGAUCUGAUCAGAUUGUUUUGCAUCAUCACUGUUGAAGGAGCAGCACUGGACCCAGACGACAUGGCCUUUGACGUGUCCUGGUUUGCGGUGCACUCCUUCGGUCUGGACAAGGCUCCCGUCCUCCUGUCUUCCCUGGACCGGAAGGGGAUUGUGACCACGGCCGAGAGGGACCAGAAGAGCGAGCUCAGCCUGGAGCGCGUGAGCGUGCUGGAAUUCUUGCUGCAAGUCCACGGCUCUGAGGACCAGGACUUUGGCAACUACUACUGCUCCGUGACUCCGUGGGUCAAGUCCCCGACAGGUUCCUGGCAGAAGGAGGCCGAGAUCUACUCCAAGCCCAUCUUUGUAACUGUGAAGAUGGAUGUGCUGAACGCCUUCAAGUACCCGCUGCUGAUCGGCGUGGGCCUGUCCACCGUCAUCGGGCUCCUGUCCUGCCUCAUCGGCUACUGCAGCUCGCACUGGUGCUGCAAGAAGGAGGUCCAGGAGACAAGGCGCGAGCGCCGCCGGCUCAUGUCCAUGGAGAUGGACUAGGGCCCCGCCGGGGAGCGGCCACCGGGGCGGUGCAGGAGUGAUUUGGGCGGGAAGAGGACAGCGAGCUUUUCACGUGCAGUGUGUGACACUAAAAACCAGUCCUCUCUCAUCUCAGGUGGGACCUGGCGCGCUCUCUUCUCUGCAUGUCCAGUCCUGAGCGCGGACACGUUUACCAGCACACGGCUCUCCUUCCCACGGCACUUUCUGGUAGAACAGUCGCGUGUGUGUGUUCCCAGCUGCGGCUUUUUAAUGGUUACCCCUUCGUCUAAUUUUUUUUUCUCCUGCCGGUUUAUAGAUCUCUGACCUACGUGUGUUCAUAUGUUUGGUUUCGAGGGGUUGCGGGGAGGAAGGACGAUGGCUUUCAGAGUUCUUGGUCUCGGGGGGUGGGGGGAGGACAGAGCUGCCCGCCGGGGCCAGCUUCUGCGUGGGGGGCAGCCCUCUGCCCUGCCCCGACCUGUGCCGAAGGCUAACAGGUGGCUUUUACCACCCUACCCACCCCGGAUUUUCAGGGGUUUAGACGACAUUUGAAAUCUAAACUUGCAGUAUGUAACUUCUUACUGAGCCCAAAUGCUUUUCUUUUUUUCCUUUUUUUUUUUUUUUUUUUUAAUGCUUCUCUGCCCCCUUUCCAUUUCUUUUGUAUUUGCUUUUAUGUGAGCGUGCUGACAUGGCCCUGGAAUCUAGAAUUUGGCUCUCCACCAAGCACCUUAUCUUGCCACCUUAGCCUUAAGAAUGAAUAUGACUACGAAGAGAAAUACACAGCCACCUCUGUCCAGAGCAGUACGAAGGUCCUCAAGGAAGAGGACGAUGGGGACAAGGGGAGGAGGAGGCAUUCACUGCAGUGGUUCCGAGGCCACCGUGCCUCGGGGGGCCCCAGGAAGAGUGGAAGAGGGUCCUGGGAGUUAGAUGCCCGCGGCUCGUGCCGGGGCUGUGUGCGGAGGAGGGGGCCACCGCCGCCCCCCCCCCCCGCCCUUUGUGGGUGGCAAAGGCCUUGGCCACCAAGGGACUGCCAGUGGCACCCACGGGUGCCCCGCGUCCUUCACGGGCUGCUUGGGCUCCUUCCCGUGAAGGUGUGUUGCUGCUUGCAAGACUGCCUGACUUCACAGAAUCAGAAAUUGCCUGGAAGAAAACCAUGCAUUUUCCAUGACCUUUUCAGUCCUUCAAGUCUUUGUAAGAUCCCCUGCAGGGGGUUAGCGAGAAAGGGUAUGCUUUGUGAUAUGUUUGCUUUCCUGUUAGGCACACGGAGGAAACCAGCAAUUUACUGCCGUGUGAACAGCCUACAAAGUAGAUCUGAGAGCAAUCCAUUUUGCCCGAUUGCUUGUCCCCGGAGUAGGACACGGACCAAAAGAGAUCCUCUGCUCCCUGAGGUGUCUGCCCCUGCACAGCACUGGCCUUUCGGAAGCAUCCCAGUGGGGUUUUCUGAGGCUCACUGGUGACUCAUGCCCUGCAUUGCAAUCCUCUGUGCUUUUAUCCUGGCUCUGACGAAUCUAACACUGCUCUGUCUUCCGAAGGGAAAAAAGAUUCGUUUGUUUUGAGCAAUAAAGUCAUACAAAAUGAUGGCCAUUCAUGUGCGGCUCUUUGUCACAAUGGGCCGGACGAGCCACACUGCCCCUCAGCUCACCAUUGUCCCCUCCCCUUCCCUGACUGGGCUGCCGACAAUCCGUUCUGCCCUUGUCACCGAGUCUCCCCUUCUGCUCCCCGGGGGGCAGGGGGUACAGAUUGCCACCCAGCUUCCCCUUUUUGUUCUACCCACCCAGGGGACCCCUCGUGGUAGACACCAUGCUAAUGGUAGAAGCACAGAUGAGUUCCCGGCCCAGCGUCUGCCCCACCGGAGCACGGGCGACCGGAGGAAGAGCUGGAGGCCUUGAUAGCUCUAGAUUCGGGUCUUUCCUACCCAUCGUUUCUGGACUCUGCGAUUUCAGAGGAGGUGGGUCACAGGUGAUUGUAGAUGGGGAAUUAAAGAGAGACCACAUAUUCACAGGUGCUAUUAGUGAAUCGGUGCCCUUCAAGCCUACACACUCAUCACUCCUAAAAGAUUCAGGAUUGUUGUAGUGCAGGCCCUUCUUGGUAGAGGAAAGGAUACUUAGCUGUACAUGUGACCGGGUGGCCCCAGGUCGAUGUGAGACCAGGGAGGGGUCACAGCAAACACUCGGCAGGAGAAGUAACAUGUGCUCACGCCGUACCUUCUCCUUUCGAACUCCGUUGUCGCUCAAGGCUGGGGGUGUUCAGGCAUUGACCCCAACCCCACCCUCUGAUCGUUGGGCCCUACUGCAAGUCGCCUAGAGGGGCUGGUCCAGAGGAGGAGGAAAUCCCAGGGUCUUGUCCCAGGGACCACAUUCCUUCCAGAGAGAAACUGGCCUGGAAUGUGUGUCCCUUUAAAAGUGUGAGAUACACUCUUUAGCUGUACCAAAUAGGGCUCCCCACACAGUGCUCUUCUGGAAGGGGUUCCUGCCGGAAGCACUCAUAUGAAUGGAAGAAGAACCUAGAUGAAAUUGCACUUCUUAACAAAAAGAAACUUUAUCAAAAGUUUGGGUUUUUUUCUAAUCACAAAAAUAUCCCCAGAAAGAGCCUGAGCUAUGUUCAGAUAGAAGCCUCGAAAUUACUUUAAAUUGUUUACUUUAUAAUGUUUACAUACACUUUUCACUUGUAAAAAAAAAAAAAGAAAAAAAAAUGCAAACUCUGACUUUUUAACAACUUUUCAGAUUUUUUCAUGGGACGGUGGAACUCUGACUCACCAACUGGAUUUAAAUCUUAAUUUAGACAUUUAUUUAUUUGUGUGUUUUUUCCCCUCCCUACCCAUGUGGCUUUCCCCCAAGAUCCUGGCAAAGGACGCCCCUCCUGCCCAGACCCUUGUCUGUCUUCCCUGGCGGCUCUUGCUUCUUGUUUUGCAGACUGCCUGCAGCCAUGAUUUUGUCACUGACUUCUGUGAGCCAAAGACUGAGCCUUUUUGGCAGGAAUAAUAAGCAAUACUACACAACUUGCUACUUUCAGAAAACUUUUUUUUUUUAGCUUCACCGAUGACAACAGAGGAAGAAGGGAACUAGGAUUUGGGUAAGUUCUCCUCUGUUAUAUGAGCAAAUUCUCAGUGAUAAAUAAUGUGUGCAGAUCACUAGGAGAAGAAAAGGUGACUUUCUGUCUGUCUUAGCGUGUGGCACAUAAGGAUCUGCCGGAUUUUACGUAGACAAAGAAAGGGUCUUGUGUAUUUUUGUCCAUAUCCGAUGUUAUACGAACUAAUUGUAUUGUUUUAUACUGUGACCACAAAUAUUAUGCAAUGCACCGUUUGUUUUUUAUUUCAUUAAAGGAAGUUUAAUUUAAAUUAAA